AUGUCGGCAUCUACGCGCCUGUCGACCGGCCUUUGCCGGAGGGUCACCACCACAACUCAGUUCUCCGCCAGGACAGCGCGGUUCCAACCAAGUUCCAGCUCCAGGUGUCUGUCGUCGGCUACUCCGGCCCGGUUUCGCCGCCGGCCAGAAUUUCGUGCUGCUUCCGGAAGCUCUAGCUCCCCAGUCUUCGUGAUUCACAGGAAAGUGUCUACGACCCCAGCCCGUCGCUACGCCGAUGUCAACGCUUCGUUUGACCCGGCGUCGAUCGAACGCGAGAGCGAUGAGGUUGAUGUAUGUAUUGUUGGCGGCGGUCCUGCCGGUCUUUCUGCGGCCAUCAGGUUGAAGCAGUUGGCCAACGAGGCCGGCAACGAGGACUUCCGGGUGCUUCUGCUCGAAAAGGCCAGCGAGAUCGGCGCACACAUUCUGUCGGGUGCCGUCAUUCAGCCGACAGCUAUCAAUGAGCUGAUCCCUGACUGGCUCGAUGAGUCGAACCCGAACCAUUUCACAGGAGCGACCCCCGCUGGCAAGGACCGUAUGCGCUUUUUGACUAAGAACUCGGCCAUCCCUCUCCCUGCUCCCCCGCAGAUGAACAACCAUGGGAACUACAUUGUCAGUCUGAACGAGUUCACGAAGUGGCUAGGCGAACGUGCGGAGGAGCUUGGCGUUGAGGUGUAUCCGGGGUUUGCUGCUAGUGAAGUGCUCUACAGGGCCGACGGAAGUGUGAAGGGCGUUGCAACAAAUGACGUGGGCAUUGGACGGGAUGGCAAGCCAAAAGACACGUUUGAGCGUGGCAUGGAAUUCCACGCCCGCGUCACCCUUUUCGGCGAGGGCUGCCACGGCAGUCUGAGCAAGCAGGUCAUCAAGAAGUUCGACUUGCGUCGUGACAGCCAGCAUCAGACGUACGGUUUGGGUAUCAAGGAAGUCUGGGAGGUUAAGCCUGAGAACUUCCGUAAGGGCGAGAUCACCCACUCGAUGGGCUACCCGCUUCCCUAUGACACGUACGGAGGUGCCUGGAUGUACCACUUCGGUGAUAACCUUGUCAGUAUCGGCCAGGUCGUUGCUCUCGACUAUUCCAACCCUUGGCUGUCUCCCUAUUGGGAGUUCCAGAAGCUCAAACAGCACCCGCUUUACCGCAGCGUGCUUGAAGGCGGCAAGUGCAUCUCGUACGGUGCUCGUGCCCUGAUCGAGGGCGGCUUCCAGUCCAUCCCCAAGGUUAUUUUCCCUGGCGGUGCCCUAAUUGGCGACUCGGCUGGCUUCGUCAACGUGCCCAAAGUCAAGGGCACUCACAACGCGAUGAAGACCGGCAUUUUGGCUGCCGAGGCAGCGUGGAAUGCUCUCAGGAAUAAUGGCGAUGGAGGUUCCGUCAUCCUCUAUGAGUAUGAGGAAGCCUUGCGCAAGUCAUCCGUCUGGAAGGAGCUCAAGGAAGUGCGCAAUAUGCGCCCGUCCUUCCACACUCCGCUUGGAGUUUACGGUGGUAUUCUCUACUCCGGCCUGGAGGCUUACAUUUUCAAGGGCCGCGUGCCAUGGACUCUGCGUCACAAGGUGCCCGAUCACGCCGCCACCAAGCCUGCCGACCAGUGCAAGAAGAUUGAGUAUCCCAAGCCGGAUGGCAAGAUUACUUUCGACCUGUUGACCAGCGUGUCGCGUACUGGCACCAACCACGAGGAGGACCAGCCUGUCCACCUUCAGGUCAAGGACUGGGACAAGCACACUGAAGAGACCUACCCUAAGUUCAAGGGGGUCGAGAACAGGUUCUGCCCUGCGGGUGUGUAUGAAUAUAUUGAGGAUCCAAGUAAGAAGGAGGGUGUUAGGUUCCAGAUCAAUUCCCAAAACUGUAUCCACUGCAAGACCUGUGACAUUAAAGCUCCUAACCAGGACAUUAACUGGCAGGUGCCUCAAGGUGGCGAGGGUCCCAAGUACUACAUGACUUAA